GUUCUCCUCUUUGAUUGGUCGGAUUUGGACAUGGGCUGGACUGUGAUUGGUAAAAAGCGAUGAACAGUUUUUUUUUUUUGUUCCCGCCCUCUUCUCUGUGCAGCAGCUGAACAUGGCCACGGCUGGACAAGUCAUCAAGUGUAAGGCGGCAGUGGCAUGGGAGGCAGGAAAGCCCCUGUCUGUGGAGGAGGUGGAGGUGGCACCACCUAAAGCCCAUGAAGUCAGAAUUAAGGUCCAUGCUACAGGAGUGUGCCACACUGAUGCCUAUACCCUGAGUGGGAGUGACCCUGAGGGGCUGUUUCCUGUGAUCCUGGGACACGAGGGUGGUGGAACGGUUGAGAGUGUAGGAGAGGGAGUCACCAAGUUUAAGCCAGGGGACACAGUCAUUCCUCUGUACAUCCCGCAGUGUGAAGAAUGCAAGUUUUGUAAAAACCCCAAAACCAACCUCUGCCAGAAAAUCAGGGUGACCCAGGGCCAGGGCCUGAUGCCUGAUAAGACCUCCAGGUUUACCUGUAAGGGAAAGCCAGUCUUCCACUUUAUGGGCACCAGCACUUUCUCCGAGUACACCGUGGUGGCCGAGAUAUCCCUGGCUAAAGUGGACCCGAGCGCUCCGCUGGAUAAAGUGUGCCUGCUGGGCUGUGGCAUCUCUACUGGAUAUGGAGCUGCUCUCAACACUGCUAAGGUUGAAGCCGGCUCUACCUGUGCUGUGUUUGGUUUGGGAGCGGUGGGUCUUGCUGCUAUUAUGGGCUGCAAGGCCGCCGGUGCCACCAGGAUCAUCGGCAUCGACAUCAACCCGGACAAAUUUGAACUCUCCAAAAAGUUCGGAGCCACGGAGUUCAUAAACCCGAAAGACCACAGCAAACCUGUACAGGAGGUGCUGGUGGAGAUGACCGAUGGGGGAGUGGACUACUCGUUUGAGUGCAUCGGCAAUGUGGGCAUCAUGAGAGCUGCACUGGAGGCGUGCCAUAAGGGCUGGGGGACGAGUGUGAUCAUCGGUGUAGCCGGUGCAGGGCAGGAGAUCUCUACACGCCCAUUCCAGUUGGUCACAGGACGCACAUGGAAGGGAACAGCUUUCGGAGGCUGGAAGAGUGUAGAAAGUGUUCCUAAACUAGUGGACGACUACAUGAACAAGAAGCUGAUGGUGGAUGAGUUUGUGACCCACACAAUGCCUUUCGCUCAGAUUAACGAAGCCUUUGACCUGAUGCAUGCUGGGAAGAGCAUCCGAUCCGUCCUGACCUUCUAAAUCCAGCCUGGAAAACCACCAAGCCUUAAUUCAACCAGUCGUGGAGCAAUCACCUUAGUGAUUAGUGUCUAAUCUUUCAGCACUUAUACUGUUAAUUACCAUUUUUGAUUACAUGAUAAUGUGAAGAGUCAAUAAAAUUGAUUCCUGGA